CACGUUUUACGACUUAACGCGUAUCAGCUGAAAGCCAUAGCUGGCUAGCCUGUAUAUGUAUAAAGGGGAGGUACCUACAAAGAUGAUACUACGGUUAGGCAGUCAAGCCCUUAUCACUUGCGUGGAACCACCGGCUGCGCGCGGCGCGGCAUCGAUUUUUCUACAAAACAAGCCAUUUGUAACCACCCGCGGCCUGAAAAACACGUCACGGAGGCAUCAGUGGCUCCCGACAGUGUUUAUAAAACGUAAACAUAGAGAGCAAUGUGAAUAUCUGGGGGAAAAUAUGCAAAACUACUCAUUGGCUGAAAAUGAAAAUGGCGAACCAAAAUAAAGAGAACGAGGGGGAGAGCAUGCCAGCAGCGGACCCCGGCACGGAGGCGAAGGAAAAGCUCAUAGCCGCCGUCAAGAAAGAGGUCAAGCAUUUGAUGGAAGAGGCCGUCACCCGAAAAUUCGUUCACGAAGACAGCGGCGGUGUGACUGCUCUUUGCGGUGCCGUAGAGGCCUGCCUCGGCCAGGGUCUACGGAGGCGAGCGUUGGGCUUGUUCAAGACCAACUCCACGACAGCCUUGCUGCAUAAGAUCGCUAAGCACUGUCCAGAAGCAGCACUAGUAUCCGCUCGAGUACUAUCCGCUGAGGGCGCGCCGGCGGUUCGGUCGGCCUCGGGGGUAGAGCGUCGGCCCUCGGCCCCGCGACCGCCUCUUAACAAGCGAGGCUCCGGCUCCUUACUGUCAUCUUCACCACCACAACCAAAAUAUCUCUGGAUCCGAAUAGCAUUGUUCGAGCGUCAACUCGCUAAAAUAAUCGAGCAUCUUGUUAGCAACGCGAAUCGAUACUACGAACGAGACGCGCUGGUCGCCGAUCCAGACUUCGGGAGUAUUCUUAGCUCGCUGCUCGUGGGACCGUGUGCUUUGGAGUACUCUAAAGCGAAGGCCCCGGCUUGCUUCUGGACAGACCCGCCGGCCGACGAGCUGGUCCAACGCCACAGGAUGUCAGCUGGAACGACCACACCGCCUUCGGUGAGGCGGCCCAUUCUGAACUUCGGGAGGAGCCUCAACACAUCAUCGGAUGACAGUGGCUCUGCCAACACUGGUGCAAUCAACGCCGGUGGAUCGACAGCGAAGGAUUACGUGGAGAGUUUGCACCAGAACUCCCGUGCGGCGCUCUUAUAUGGCAAGAACAAUGUACGCGUACAACCGAAAGAUGUAGCGGAACCCAUGCCGGGCUACCUGAGCCUGCACCAGACCGCAGCCGGUCUGAUCAUUAAGUGGACCCCCAAUCAGCUCAUGAAUGGGUACGCCGAGAACGAAGGCGUUGACAAGAGUUUUCGCUGUCACCUAGUGCAUGCGUCCGCCUGCCCUCACACAUGUGUCAUGUGCAGCGCUGCGCCCUGCACUGUGUACAGGCGUCUUUGCUCUGGCCCCUUGUGUAUAGACUGCGUGUACUGGGCGAUGUCUCUGCAAGUGUGCGUGUGGGAGGUGGUGUACGUGCACGUGCACCGCGCGCCCGGCGCCGACGCGCUCAUCCUCGUGGGACAGGACGGCGUGCAGCGGCCGCCCAUACACUUCCCUAAAGGUGGUCAUCUUCUGUCAUUUCUGAGCAACCUGGAAACAGGACUAUUACCGCACGGACAACUCGAUCCUCCACUCUGGUCACAAAGAGGAGCUGGAAAGGUGUUCGGGCGCGGUAAAGGCCGCCGACGUCCGAUGCCAAGCCUCUGCGAGAGCGGGGAGACCGACGAAAAUGAAUGGGAAGAGGCGGCUGGGGAUUACGUCUUCCGAAUUGUCAACAACGCCAUAGCCGACCGCGAAGCGAUGCGCCACUCACUCCUAGAGCGUUGCGUGCAGUCCCCACCGCGCACACCACGACGCCCUCUCGCGUCCACUUCCACCACAUCAUCAGACUCCAGCACCAUGUCUGUGGACUGCCCGCCUUCCGCUGGCCUCAAUGGGAAUCCACCAACGCUGAUACAGCAUCACCCCAUAGAACAGUCAGCGUCAAUCGAGCUAGUGUGCAGUACGAUGCGUCGGCAGAUUAUUUCCCGCGCGUUCUAUGGCUGGCUAGCAUACUGCAGACAUCUCUCCACUGUUCGCACACACUUGAGCGGCUUAGUACACCCAAAUAUUGUUCCAAGAGAGGGCGCCGAGGGUGGUCUGACAGAGGAACGGUGGAGAUCCAUGACGGACGAGCGCGGCGCCGUCAGCGAUAAAGAUGAAGUGUACCGGCUGGUGUACUACGGCGGCGUGCAGCACGACAUACGGCGAGAAGUGUGGCCAUAUCUACUUGGAUAUUAUGAAUUUGGCUCAACGACAGAAGAGCGCGCAGAACAAGACACAGCUUGCCGCCGGCAGUAUGAGACCGUGAUGUCAGAGUGGCUCUGCGUGGAGGCCAUCGUGCGACAGCGGGACCGCGAGGCCACGGCGGCCUCCAUAGCCCGACUGAGCGAGGCUUCUGGAAGGCUAAAGCCAGCCGAGAAUGCAUCGCCCAGCGAGGUAUUCGAAGACGACUGCAGCAUUAUAUCAGACAAUCCACCAGUGGUUUCGCCUGAACCAAACGAAACCGAACAAAAGAAACUAGAUACAAAACCGGUUCUAUCAAGAGCACCGAGCAUAGAUGAAGUAGACAACAUAGAAAUGGAUUCAGAAGAUAAAGAGAAUAUAAACGGAGAGACUGAGCAGGGUGAUAGUAGGGAUGUAGAUUUAGACAGUCUUAAAGACUUAGAUGAGGAGGAAGUACACAUUAAGAGUACAGUUGAGAAUCCUGAUAUGAGAAGGGAGAGCAUAGCUGAGAUAAAGAGGUUAGCUGAAGGUAUAGUGCAGACGGGCGGUGGGCGAGGACCCUUGUGUAGCGUGGAUAGUGCGAAUGUAAACCUUAAUGGGAACGACUUAAGGUCGUCGUUGGACGAGAGCGUGCCAACUGCUCCUCCGCCACCGCAGCAGCACACGAGUGUGAUUAUUACCAAUCCAUCAGUCGACCUGGCUGCGGGCGGGUCACCUGCAUCAGGAGGAACCACCGCGAACGUGAGCCCCGCGCGCAGCCCGCUGGGCGUGGUGCGCGAGGAGUCUGUGUCGGGCGGCGCGUCCUUCGACACGCUGGAGCCCUCCAACGACCCCAGGCCCGAGAACCGUUCCAACUGCGUCUCGCCGGCCAGCUCCAAUGGCGGUGUUUAUUCCAAUGAACUAGUGGAAAGCUUCGCUUUGAACUUGCAUCGCAUUGAAAAGGAUGUGCAAAGGUGCGACAGGAACUAUCCGUUCUUCACAGAUGAGAAUCUGGACAAGCUGAGGAAUAUUAUGUGCACGUACGUGUGGGAGCACCUAGAAAUGGGCUACAUGCAAGGCAUGUGCGACCUGGCAGCUCCUCUGCUGGUGAUGAUGCGCGAAGAGGGCGCUGCGCACGCGCUGUUCGCGAGCCUCAUGUCGCGCGCCAAGGACAACUUCCCGUCCGGGCAGGCCAUGGACGCGCACUUCGCGGACAUGAGAUCGCUGAUCCAGAUCCUGGACUGCGAGUUGUACGAGCUGAUGCACGCUCACGGCGACUACACACACUUCUACUUCUGUUACCGCUGGUUCCUACUCGACUUCAAGCGUGAACUGCUAUAUCAGGAUGUGUUUGCUGCAUGGGAGCUGAUCUGGGCGGCGCGGCACGUGGCCUCCGAGCACAUGGUGCUGUUCCUAGCACUAGCCCUGCUUGAGACCUAUAGAGACGUCAUCUUGGCUAACACCAUGGAUUUUACGGAUAUCAUCAAGUUUUUCAAUGAAAUGGCCGAGCGGCACGACGCGUCAGCGGUGCUGUCUCUCGCCAGGGACCUCGUGUUGCAAGUUCAAACCUUGAUAGAGAACAAAUAAACUACUUAUAGGUAACAAUAACACUUUACUUAUCACUGCUCUACGUAGGUAUAUGGAUCGUCGAAAGUAGG